AUUAGUAAUCAUAGACGUAAGCAAAAGCCCUGAACCUACUCUUUAUUUUCCUUUUUUCUUUCUUUUGUCCUUUUUCCCUUCACCAAAUGCCACUGCAUUUGUUGUAAUAUUUACACAUGCUCUUUCUUUAAAUACUCUCUUUGGACACCAAACUCUAUACCCUUUUGCUCUCUGGCCUUUUGUCUCUCUCUCUCGGCUUCUCUCUUCAAGGGAUCGGCAGUGUAUCAACACUAAGAGAAAAUGGGCUAUUCCAUGGUUCUCAUUGUUACUAGUCUACUGCUAGUCCUUCAAUUGUCAACUGUAGUCGCGAAGGGAAAAGCGAUUGGAGCUCCAAUCAUGGCUCCGGCACCAGCACCAGGUCCAGAAUACACGAACCUUACGGACUUACUCUCCGUUGCAGGCCCUUUCCACACGUUCCUUAACUACCUCGAAUCGACUAAAGUCAUUGAGACUUUCCAAACCCAAGCUAACAACACAGAACAAGGGAUCACUCUUUUUGUUCCCAAAGACUCAGCCUUUACCUCACUCAAAAAGCCCUCACUUUCCAAUCUCACCUCAGACCAACUUAAGUCCCUUUGCCUUUUCCAUGCAUUGCCACGUUACUACAGUCUAGCUGAUUUCAAGAACCUUAGUGACAUGAGCCCUGUUAGUACAUUAGCUGGAGGAAACUUGUACUCAUUGAACUUCACAGAUGAUUCUGGGACCGUUCACCUUAACUCUGGAUGGUCUAGGACUAAAGUUAGUAGCGCUGUUCGUGCUACUUAUCCAGUUGCUGUUUAUCAGGUGGACAAGGUGCUUCUUCCUGAAGCCAUUUUCGGGACAGAUUUGCCUCCAAUGCCAGCUCCAGCACCAGCACCAGUAAAGGAUAUCGCUCCUACUGCUGAUAGUCCAGCUGCUGAUCAAACAGGCAAUGCUAAAGCACCAGCCUCGCGAGAUUCAUCAUCACCAUCAGCUUCUCACAAGUUGAUGAGCUGGGGCAUUUUGAAUCAUUUGUUUUUGGCAAUUGGUGGUGGAUUCUUGAUGUUUUUCUUGUAAACAAAAUGAUCUUUCUUGGGGUUAAUUUAUGUUGAACAUCACGGUACAUCUGGUUUCUUUUUGGUUUUGAUAUACUCCAUGAUGAUUUUAGUAUUGGUUACUUUACAAUAUUUUUGUAUACAUUCAUGUAUUAUUGUCAUUUUCUCAUACUUCAUAUUCUUUAUCAACCUUUUUAUAUUCUUUAGUUUUA